AUGGCUAACUCGACGUUUCCGUUUCAAUUUCCGCAUUUGACAAAGGAGAAUUAUGAGAAUUGGUGCAUUCGAAUGAGGGCUUUGCUUGGAUCUCAAGAUGCAUGGGAGAUCGUAGAGAAAGGCUAUGAGGAGCCUAGAGAUGAAGCUUCGUUGAGUUCUAAUCAAAAGGAGGCUUUGCAAAAGUUGCGGAAGAAGGACCAACAAGCUCUCACGCUCAUCCAUCAAUGUUUGGAUGAAGCAAUGUUCGAGAAAGUGGCCAAUGCCACAACUUCCAAGCAUGCAUGGGAGAUCUUACAAAACUCCUAUCAAGGAGUUGAUAAAGUGAAGAAGGUGCGGCUUCAAAUGCUACGAGGUGAGUUCGAAGUCCUUCGUAUGCAAGAAUCUGAGACGAUUGCAGAUUAUUUUUCAAAAUUGUUGGCCAUUGUGAAUCAAAUGAGGAGAUAUGGAGAAAAACUAGAGGAUGUCCGGGUAGUUGAGAAGAUUCUUCACUCGUUGCAUUCAAAGUUCGAUUAUAUUGUGGUGGCUAUCGAAGAGUCAAAAGACUUGGAGAUGAUGACGGUUGAUCAACUCAUGGGAUCUCUCCAAGCCCAUGAAGAGAGACUCAAGAAGAAGAAGGAAGAACCUAUUGAGUAG